UUCUGAAAAGGAAAAAAGAAUUUUUUUUUUCUUUAUAUACACAUUCCCUGAAAUCCGCAACAACGUUUUUCAAUUAAAACGUAAACAAACAAACCCAAGCUUCCCGGUGGAAAAUGCUGUUCUACUCUUUCUUUAAAUCCCUGAUUGGGAAGGAUGUAGUGGUAGAGCUAAAGAAUGAUCUCAGCAUCUGUGGGACUCUUCAUUCAGUAGACCAGUAUCUAAACAUCAAACUCACAGACAUCAACGUCACAGAUACUGAGAAAUACCCACACAUG